AUGGAUAGGCCAAUACCUGCAUUCUAUGCUUGCUAUCUACUACGUUCUACAGUCCGCCACCAGAACCUCUAUGUUGGAAGCACACCACACCCUGUCCGACGUUUGAAGCAACACAAUGGAAUUGCCAAAGGAGGCGCCGUGAGAACAUCGAAAAAUACGCUGCGGCCGUGGGAGAUGACUUGUCUUGUCACUGGCUUUCCCUCGAAGAUUGCUGCAUUGCAAUUUGAAUGGGCAUGGCAAAACACACAUCAGACACGACAUAUUGCUCCAGAUGAGCGCAUCACCCAGGCCAACACGAAGCAAAGAUUCUCACCUAGAAGUGGCAAGGUACGCAAGCGUGCAGGACGUCCUCGUAUGUCAAUGCACGACAAGCUCGCCAACCUUCAUAUCCUGUUACGAGCAAAGAGUUUCGAACGUUGGCCGUUACAGGUCAAGUUCUUCGCCGAAGAUGUGUACAAGAUGUGGCACAGAUGGACGGUUGAUAUGCCUGAAGUCAUCCGUCAAGGCAUUGAAGUUGAGAUGGAUGAGUCAGUUCUACAAAAGCCAGCUCCGGAAGAGGCCUCUUUGAACCCUAUUGGCAUUCAUAAGAUUGAUCCUACCUACCAACACAUGAAGACGGCACUAGAAAAGAGCCGAAAACUGUUACUAGCUCCGAGCACCAGCUGUGUCAUAUGUUGCUCUGCACUCGCCUCUACAAAGGAAAUGGCGCUUGUUUGUUUCAAUCUGGCAUGCAACUCCAUCUUCCACACUGGGUGUUUAUCGACGCAUUUCCUCAACGGCGAGUAUGGCGCCCAAGACGCGAUCGUCCCAACACACGGACAUUGCCCGUCUUGCAAAUCAAGCCUGAACUGGACCGAUUUGGCGAAAGACUUGAGUUUGCGUCUCCGGGGCGAGAAAGAAAUCACGGCUCUAUUCAAGGAGCCAAAACGCCGUAAGAAGAGUGCAAAGAGUGCUGCCGUUUUGGACGAAGAAGCGGAGGAGCCAGAUGUUCUAGUAGACGAAAGUGAUGUCGAGGUAGACUUUGAGGACGUCUUGCUCCAGUCGGAUUACGAGGACAUUGAUCAGAUACAAGCUACCCCAUCGGGUGGCGAUGUGUGGAAGCUGGUCGACGGAUUGGAUGGACAGAACACACCCCUGGCCAUGACUUCAACAAGUUCUUCGGCCGCCAAAGUGCGCAAAGCAGUCAUUGAAGACAGUGACUGGGACGAAGCCGAGGUCAUCGACUGA